AUGAGUGGGCGAAGGAAUGGAGUGCCGUGGCUGGACUGGUCCGAGUGGCAAGAGGUGCAUGUUGGUCUCUUCAGCACUGACCUGUUCGUUCAGCAGCGUGCCGUAUCUCGUGUGGCUUCCUGGCGCAGUCGCGUGCAGCUUCCAGUUGCCGUCAAUGCCACAGCGCAGUUAGUGGAGCUGCUGCUUCAUGAGUCUAUGGCACAGCAUCAUCAUCACGCAGUGGGUGUGAGCUCACGGUCGCAUAUGGAGCUUUCGUUACUGUACGCGAGUGUCAUUGUGCGGUGUGUGAACGGCCUGGUGGAUGGCUCGCAGAAGGGCGCGUAUGCCACGGCCGUGAGUACCUUAGCGCAUCGAAUCGGCAUCCCGCUCUGGGUCGUGGAUCUGCGCCACGAAUCCUCGCACAACCAGCUGCCGUCACUACCGGUGUUGCGUUUCGCUGCUCAGCAUCUACUAGCGUGGCUUCGUGCCAAUUAUUGGGGAGCUCAGGAGGAUUUGAUUCGAGGCCAGGUGCAUCAGGUGGCCCAGUGGCUAUUUGAACAGCUUCCACAUCUAAGCAAUGCUGAAGAAAUGCAAGUGGACUCGACACAAGGAGCUCCAAUGCCGUUACUGGAUGCAGACAAUCUUCGCAAUAUCGUGAUACCGUUGCUGGUAGCUGGAGAGCAGUACAGUGAACGUAUUGCCCCGGCAGGAUUGCUGUUUCUGGGAGCACCAUCGCUGGCGGAAACUCAAGAUGCGGAGAUCUUCCAAAAGGAAACGUUUAUCACGCUGUUACUGCAACUACAGCCACUGUGGAGAGGUCUUAGUGCCUCAUUACUGGCGAGAUUAUGUCGGAAGAAUGAAGUGGACUUGGCACUGCAGUGGAUCAAGUUCAUGGCGAGUAGUGAAUACCGAGAAAGGAUAAAGCUUCAGAUCGGCCCAAUUGAAGAUCUGUGCCGAUGUGGAGCUGAAAUGCUUGUUCUUGCCGAGAAACUCAAGGCUGACGAAGCUGCAGGAGAGCACACGGAGCUGCUAGAACGCUUUCUGACUACAUUAAAGUCGAGCAAAGCCAUUAGAAACCACUCAACUCUAGCCACUGAAGCAGCAAAUGCAACGAGUGUGGCAACCGCGUCUGGCUGGACUCAACUGUCUGCUUGGGUGGAGAGUCCACUUGGACUUCGCCACUGCUACACAAGUUACAACAGCUCCAAUCAGCAGCAAGUGUGUGAAUAUUCACUUGACGAUGACAUGCUGAUGCCUGACAGCACGACGUUUGUCGCCCCUGAUGAAGACGAAGAAGAUAGCACUAAAGCCGACGCAGAGAAGACUAUUGAUGCGUUGAUGGAAGACUUGGACGCUGCGUACGACACUGCGCUCCAGCACAACCUAGAGUUACAGACCACGAUCACUCGUGACGGUCUUCGACAAGGCAGUAGCACAACUGUUCUCCCCAAACAAGAGCUGCAACGUAUCCAGGGGGAGAUUGAGAUCUGGUAA